ACGCGGGCCGGUCGGCCGGGCUGUUGCGGGAGAGCCUGGAGAACUUGUCCUCUUUGGGUCCGACCUGAGCCGGGAGGCGCGGGAGAGCCCAGGCGUCUCUACAGGACUCUCCGUUCUGAAGAGACCUUUCAUUCGUUUCUGUUUCUUUUUGUUAAUGAGGCCUGUGACACGAGUAUUCUGUAGUGUGUCGCUGCAGUUUAUCUGAAAAUUUUCUGGAAGUACUAAGUACUAAGAAAAAAUUCUGGAAGUGCAUUCAUCUCCUAAAAUGAAUGCAAAUCGCAGAACACGUUGUAAACAUCCGCGUUCCUUUCAUUCAACUCUUUAAAGCGUUUACCACGUGUCAGGGGAUUACGCAGAGAUUAAAACAGACCAAAAACUUCGCCUCAAAUAUGUUACCGUUCUAGCGUAUUCAGUUUAUACUUGCUUUGUGUUCGGUUACUUACUUUUAAGGCCCCUGUGCCAAGCUUUGAUGAUUUUUUUUUGUUAAGGCACGGAAGGUCACUCCGAUUCGGUGACAAACCUGGGAAAUCGGCAGGCCUGUUAGUACCUGAUGUCCACAUCCUGGUCCUUCAACUCCCAGCCUUCACCCACAACCCUAAACUCGUGUUGAAACAUAAAAAUGUUAUAAUUUAUAUAUAAGGCUAAAUCCACCAUUAGCAGAAUACAUAUUUUUUUUUGCAAUGAUGAAUUUGUGCUGAUUCAUUCCAUUGUAACUUGAUUUCUCUCUUGAAUAAUUUGCAAAUAGAUGUAACCAGCAUUUUUUUUUAAUGGCUGUGAUUGGAUCCAUCCAUUAUCUUUUACUUGUCUAAUUUGGAAUAAAACUCAUGUUAGGGGGAAAUGAGAACUUCAUGAAGCACCAACAUUUACUGGCUGGGAGGGUAGUUGACAAAUACUGUUAGAGUAUAGUGUCUGGGAUUGUGGAGUUUAUAAAAGGUCUCUUUAAUUAGUAAUAUAGUUUUUUUUUUAGUGACCUCCACCACGAAGAGUGUAUUACAGUCUUGUUGGGAGGUAAAACUUAACUCACAUUUUGUUUUUAGGGUAUUUGGUUCUCUGAUACCAGAUUUUUAUUAAAUGUUAACCAAGAAUUGAUGAGUUUAUGUAGGGGCUGGGGAUACUUGGAUUAUAAAGAUUUAAUUGUCAGUCAGGAUUAGCAACAUUUAAUUGAAUCUGUCAUUUAAAGCCUGGGAUAUUUCACUAACACUAAUAGGCACGUAUAGGGGUACUGUGAUAAUAAUGAUGCUUUCUUUCAAUCUAGUAUUUCUGUUGCAGCCAUCGUUUUCUGCCUUAAUAAACAGCGAUGAGUGAUGAGCAGGCAUGCAAAAUGAGGAAAUUAAGACUAAGAGAAGUUAAGGAGCAUGUCUAAGGUCACACAGCAGAGGUCUAUCUUUUAAGCAUACAGCUGGAUUUGCUUUAUUCAAUUUGAGAGUAUCUUGUAACAGGCUGGAAAGUCCAAGAUCAAGGUGCUGGCAGAUUCGGUGUCUGAUGAGGGCCCACUCCCUGGUUCAUGGAUGGCCAUAUUUUCACUGUAACCUCCCAUGGCAGAAGGGGCAAGGCCUUGGACACCUUCUGGGCAACCCACUUCUUGGCCUACAGCAGCUGCUGGAUGCCCUGUGGCUGACUGGCCGUGGCAGUGAUGACUCUGAGGCCAAGCCCCCAGGGCCAUUUCUGAGCAGUAGAGGUUACAACUACUCCACUGAACAACUACUUCCAAAUCCUGUCAUCAAGUCCUGUGCUUCUGUUCCAAAUGGUAAUAGAUGCAUAAUUUUUAUUUAAGAGAAAUGAGUGUAACUAGUAUUGCAUUAAAAGUUGAAACCUGGCUUUUAGCUACGUGGCAUGUUAAGGUACCUCUAAUGUGGCUGGAAGCUUGUAUUAACUGGAUCCAAGAAGAAAAUGAUAAUGUUAAUUUGAGUCAGGCACAAUUGAAUAAACAAGUAUUUGAGCAAUGGCUUCUUACCGACCUGAGAGAUUUGGAGCAUCCUCUUUUGCCUGAUGGCAUUUUAGAAGUUCCAAAAGGAGAACUGAAUGGAUUUUUUGCUCUGCAGAUUAAUUCAUUGGUUGAUGUAAGUCAACCUGCAUAUUCGCAGAUACAAAAAUUAAGAGGAAAGAAUACAACAAAUGAUCUAAUUACAGCUGAAACACAAGUAACCCAAAAACAUUGGGAAGCAAAGCCUUCACGACUGUUGAUGCUACAGCUAACUGAUGGAAUUGUACAAAUGCAGGGAAUGGAAUAUCAGUCUAUCCCAGCUCUUAAUAGUGAUCUUCCUCCAGGUACAAAAAUUUUGAUUUAUGGGAACAUUUCUUUCCGUCUUGGUGUUCUCUUAUUGAAACCAGAAAAUGUGAAGGUAUUAGGAGGAGAAGUAGAUUCUCUUUUAGAGGAAUAUGCCCAAGAAAAAGUACUUGCAAGAUUAAUUGGGGAACCUGAUCCUGUAGCUUCAGUCACACCAAGUAAUUCUAACCAAAGCAUCUCCAGAAUUACAGAUGCUCUAGAUCCUGCGUUGGGACCGUCUGAUGAAGAACUCUUGGCAAGUCUGGAUGAAAGUGAUGAGCUUGCAGCAAAUAAUGACACCUCCUUGGAAAGAAGAUGUUUCAGUACAGGUAGUUCCUCAAAUACUGUUCCCACAAGACAGUCAAGUUUUGAACCAGGACUUAUUAUUUCUACAAGACCAAAGGAGAAACCACCAAAUCAAUCCAUGCAUUUCAUUGCUGGGGAAUUAGAUGACUUUUCAUUGGAGGAGGCCUUGCUUUUAGAAGAAAGUGUCCAGAAAGAACAAACGGAGACUAAAGAAUUGCAGCCAUUGACUUUGAACAGAACCACAGAUGAAAGUAUAGAGAGAUUUUCACAUAAACCUAAUACUCCAAAUAAUUUUUCUUUGAUUUGCAAAAAUGGAAACAGUAAUUGGAAUGAAAAAAAUUUAUGUGAACAAAUGACUAAUGAAGACAAAUCUUUUAGUUGUCCAUCUGCUAGAGACCAAAACAGUAGUGUUUUUUCAAUUCAUCAUAAGGUACCCCUACCCCAUGAUUUUACAAAUAAAGAUAAGAACUCAGAGACAGAUAAUAAAGUAAAACAAACCAUCAGCAAUUCAGAUGGACAUUCCUUAAAUAAUAAAAUAUUAAAUGGAGAGCUGGUCAGUUAUGUACCAAAAAAGAGUUCACAAAUUUCUGAUGAAAGUGAUCACCAUUUACAGACCCAUUCUUUAAGAUCAUCAGAGAAUAACACUAAUCUUUCCAUUGCCAUGGAUUGGUAUUCUCCACCUUUUGUCUAUUUGUCUGUUCUAAUGGCCAGCAAACCAAAGGAAGUUACAACAGUGACAGUCAAAGCAUUUAUUGUAACCUUAACUGGAAAUCUCUCAGCUUCUGGUGGCAUUUGGAGUAUAACAGCAAAGAUUUCUGAUGGUACUGCAUAUCUAGAUGUAGACUUUGUAGAUGAAAUACUUACUAGCCUGAUAGGGUAUUCAGUACCAGAAAUGAAACAGUUAAAAAAAGAUCCUCUUCAAUAUCGAAAGUUCCUGGAAGGUUUGCAGAAAUGUCAGAGAGAUCUAAUAGAUUUGUGCUGUCUAAUGACUAUUUCAUUUAAUCCCACCUUGUCUAAAGCAAUGGUACUAGCAUUACAAGAUGUUAAUAUGGAACACUUUGAGAACCUAAAGAAGCGAUUGAAUAAAUAAUUUACCAAAUAGUAUUAGAAAACAAUAAAAAAAGGAAAUAUUUAGAAUUAAAUUUAUCCUUUUAUUUUUGAAACUUUCUUUUUGUAAAAGGGAGAAAGGAAGUUUCAUAGCUUAUUUCAGUUUAAUUUAAAAAUGUUUAAUCAUGUUUGUGUGUUUAGAUUUUUUUAAAUAAAUUAAUUUUUUAUGAUAACUUAGAUGAAAGAAUUUGGUGACCCAUUGUUAUUGAGAAAUUUGUUUUCCACUUGUCAUUUCACAUAAGAUGAUUGCUAAAGUAUUGUGUUGUUUACUGAGUCAUAUUGUUGAAAGUUAACAAUUAUAAAUAGGUAGUUGUACUUCUAAUAUGUUGAGUACCCCAAAAGAUUUGUUUCUGUUAUUAUACUUAGGAAAAUGUAAAUCCAGUGGAUCAGAAUAUCAGGCUUUCAGGUGCGAAUUAUUUUGCUGGUUUUUAUUUUGCUGGUUCUAAAUAAUUGUCUGGUAUAUUUAAGGCACAUAUUAUGUUAAUAAAGGUACCAUUUCAGAGAUUACAUUGAAUGCUUUGAAAAACUUAUUUUCAAGGAUAAUUUAUUUUAAAUAGCAUAUUGAAAACUUCAUUAUUAAGAUCCAGUAGGUAUUUAAUUUUUUGAGUUAAAUAAGGUAUUUAUCCAUUUCCUUAGAUGUUUUCCCCUUUUCUGAAUUAGCUCUAUAUGUAAGCCUUCCUUUAGUUUUGUUGGAAGUGCUGAUUUUAUUUUUUAAGGGAGACUUACCAUUUUUCCAUUUUGCUGUUAAAAAGUCACAUUUGAAAGGUAAAGUUAUUUUUAUUAAUCUUCUGUCUUUAAAAAAUUUAAAGUAUCUUGAAUUUUAAAACAUUAAAGAAAUAAUAAAAUGAAGACAUUGUGUUUUGUUUUAGUUAAAGUAAUAUAAUAGGAAAAUACCUGGAAGUAAGAUAAAUACAUAUAUAAAAAUGUGAUAUAGAUGUAGUAGAAAAAUAUUUUAAAAAUCUUUUGCCAUUGUUGUUUGAAGGAUGAUAAUACAAGUUCAAGGCACAACACAGAUUUUGCUGAUAUAUGCUGUAAUGGUAACAUCUUCUAUAUACUUGCAUAGCUCUUUUACUACAAGAGAUCUAAAUGAGAUGGCAUUAACGUUCUUCUUCCUUUUUUUUUCUUUUUUUGUGAGGAAGAUCAGCGCUGAGCUAACAUCCAUGCCUAUCCUCCUCUUUUUUUGCUGAGGAAGACUGGCCCUGAGCUAACAUCCGUGCCCAUCUUCCUCCACUUUAUAUGGGACGCUGCCACAGCAUGUCCUGACAAGCGGUGCGUCAGUGCACGCCCGGGAUCCGAACCCGGGCCACCAGCAGCGGAGCGUGCACUCUUAACCACUAUGUCUCGGGGCCGGCCCCCUGGUUUCUUUAGAUUCUUGAGCCCCAGUGUCAAGUCCAGCCAUUCCUCUUUGAGUCCUGUCACCUACUAGGGCACUGGCAGGGAGGAGGACGUGGGUCUCAUUAUUCAGGUCCCAUACCCCACUAUCUGCUUUCCAGUCUUGGGAAAUUCUCUCCUUUCCAAAUUUCUCAUUUUUCUCCUCUCUACCUCCUUGUAGCCUAAUUCCCUGAAGGACUCCAGGCACGUUCUUAACAAAAACUAGGAAGAGAAUCUGAGGCAGGGGAAUGCUUUCCUGGCUACUGACAAGAGAUUUUCACAUAUUGAGGUAUAUGGGGCAACUAUUCUAGUUCAAAACUGAUUUGGCUUGAACUGAAGAAGCCUGACUUAUGGCCUGUCAAACAUACAUUGUAUGUCUGCUUUAACUGUUAAAGUAAAGAAUGCACUCUCCUAAGAUAAGAAUGCUUUUUUCCCCUCCUUCGCCAGUAUCUGUAACGCCUGAAAUUGUUCCUUUCCCAGCAUCAGAGUUAUGUUGACCUGCUAACUUGCAACUGAAUACCUCGUUGAAACUUUGAUGAAUGUGUAUCCUGGGUGUGUUUAAUGUAUGUUCUUUGUUCUAAGAAAGUAUAAGACUGUACUGAAAACCAUGCUUCUCCGGAAUGCUUUCUUCCUUUGUGGAAACUGCCUUCCCAAGUUAUAAUGCUCACCCUGGCUCAAGUAAAACUCACCUUCUCUCUCUUA